AUGUACAGAAAAGCGUUCAGCCGAAUCGCAAAGGUGCUGCUUGGUGGUACGAUCGGUGCAGGUCUUCUAGCUGCAUCCCCAGCAGGUGAACCCAUACGCAGUCAUGCCCAAAAUAUCCUUCCAAGUUUCGCACGGGCACUGGCUUACAGCGCUCCGGCAUUAGAUGUUUCCAAGUCCUGCUGUACGCCCUGGAACUCAAACUGGGAUGGACGUGAUGUGGUCACCUCGACCGACGGCACGUCUAAUGGUGAUAGCUCAAACAGUCCGCGGCGACCCAAAUGCAGUCGGCACAUAAUUCUUGUGCGUCACGGGCAGUAUCAUUACGCUGCGGAUGAUUCGGACUGCCAUUUGACUAAACUAGGUCGUGAACAAACUGACUACACGGGUCAGCGACUGAAACAGCUCAAUUUACCUUAUUCCCGCAUUAUUUACUCCACAAUGACAAGAGCAGUGGAGUCAACAGAUGAAAUUAUCAAAUACCUACCCGAAGUACCUGCUGUGCCUUGUGACAGACUGAGAGAGGGCGCCCCCUUCCCACCCCAGCCUCCUGUACCUAAUUGGCCCUCCUCUAAAGACGCUUUCAAUGAAGAUGGUCCGCGGAUUGAAGCAGCCUUUAAUUAUUACAUGCACCGGGCAGAUCCCGAUCAGGAGAAAGACAGCUAUGAAAUCCUUGUCUGUCAUGCUAAUGUGAUCCGCUAUUUUGUUUGUCGCAGUCUUCAACUCCCACCAGAGGCUUGGAUCCGAAUGACUCUUGAUCAUGGAAGCCUCACUUGGAUCACAAUCCGUCCCACUGGAACUGUCAGUCUUCGUUGGCUAGGAAACUCAGGUUACAUGCCUGCGGAUAAGUUGAGUGUGCAGUGA